AUGGCCGCGGCUAAAGUGGCUCAAAUAAGGUUGCCUCCCCUACCAAGCAUUAAAGAUGUUAUUCGUUUGUACAAACUCCGUGCUCUUAAGGAGUUAUCGCAAAAUUUCCUCAUGGAGCCGCGCAUGAUAGAUAAAAUAGUGCGCGCCGCUGGCAAUAUAGAGAACCAUGUUGUUUGUGAAGUUGGUCCCGGACCUGGUGGUAUAACGAGGUCAAUAAUCCGUCAAGCACCAAGAAAAGUCAUCUUAAUAGAAAAGGAUCCUCGUUUCAUACCUACAUUGGAACUCGUCGCUGAUGCUUGCAGGAACAAAGUAGAUAUAGACAUUAUCACAGGAGACAUUUUGAAAACUGAUCUUGCACAUUUCAUACCGGGAGAUGUGAAAGUUGGUUGGGACGAUCCUCCUCCAGCGUUAAAUCUCAUUGGUAACCUGCCUUUCAGUGUAUCUACAAUUUUGAUGAUUCGCUGGCUAGAAAUGAUCUCUAAACAAGAAGGUCCAUGGGCUUAUGGCCGAGCAAGAAUGACUUUAACGUUUCAAAAGGAAGUAGCGGAACGGAUGGCUGCCAGAAUACUUGACAAGCAAAGAUGUAGACUGUCAGUCAUGUGUCAGAAUUGGUGUAACGUAAAAUACAAAUUUGACAUCCCAGGCUCCGCUUUCUUACCGAAGCCUGAAGUAGAUGUAGGGGUUGUAACUCUUACUCCGAUGAAACAACCGAUUAUAAGAUUGCCGUUUAAGUUAGUUGAGAAAGUAGUGCGCAACAUUUUUUCUAUGAGACAGAAGUAUUCGAUCAGAGGCGCUCAAACCUUGUUCCCAGAAGAAGUGCGGGAAGAAAUGGCAGAACGGAUGUAUAAGCUGGCCGAAAUAGACCCAGUUACCAGACCUUUUCAGAUAGCUAACACAGAAUUUGCUAGAAUCUGUGAAGCUUACAAUGAGAUCAUAAAAGAAUAUCCAGAGUUUGAGCAUUAUGACUACAGAGCUUCUAAAAAUAAGAAAAUUUUAGAAGAGGCAACCAAUGUUAGUAGUUUGUAAAUAUUUAAGGAUUAUGUUAUAUUAAAAACAGAUUUUU